ACCUUUCUGACUGUUAAUCCUUUCCCAUUAAGAUUCUUUCCCCCAUCCUUUCCCACCACCAUUCUUCUUAUUAUCUUCUCUUCUUCCCUUCUUCUCCUGCUCAUAAUCUCAUUCCCAACCACAACCACAACCACACCCUCAUCUUUUCUUCAACAACCAGGUUCAGAGAAUUUUGAUUUCCUUGAAGAAAAAUAAAAGCAAAAUUACCUGAGAGGUAUCACAGAUCUACAAACAUGGCGGAAGAGCACAGAUGUGAAGCUCCAGAAGGUCACCGUCUCUGCGUCAACAACUGCGGCUUCUCCGGCAGUCCAGCCACCAUGGAUCUCUGCUCCAAAUGCUACAGAGACAUCCGUUUGAAGGAACAGCAAGAAGCGUCGACCAAAUCCACAAUCGAAACCGCUCUCUCCAGCUCCUCCUCCGUCGCGAAACCGCCGUCUUCCACCUCAUCUCCAUCUCCAGCAGUCGAUCUUGCACCGCCGGCUAAGGCGGAAACCGCGUCGAUCUCAUUAACCGCCGGUCCGAUUCUCCAGGCGGCUCAGCCGAACCGGUGCGCGACGUGCCGGAAGCGCGUGGGGCUGACCGGGUUCAAGUGCAGGUGUGAGGUGACGUUCUGUGGGGCCCACAGGUACCCGGAGAAGCACGCGUGUUCGUUUGAUUUCAAGACGGUGGGGAGAGAGGCAAUAGCUCGGGAGAACCCGGUGGUGAGAGCGGAGAAGCUGCGGAGGAUUUGAGAUUCGAUCUCAGCCGUUGGAUCAAUGUGGGGACCGGUUGUUGAGGCUAGUCGAUCGUAGCCGUCCACGUGGACCUCCACUGAAAAUGAGAGAUAUCAUUAUUAAAUGUAUGAUCUAUUAUUAUCUUGUUGGAAUUAUUUAAAGAUAACAGCUGGCUUGUCUGGUUUAGGAAGGUUGAAUAAGUCGUCAUGUUUAUCGCGUUUGGACACACGGGAAGAAGAAAAGAAAAAGAAAAUUGGAGUGAAAUUUUUAGGUCCACUAUCCUCUUAGGCUAUGUCAUUUUGAGGGGUGGUUGAAAAUUGAAAUGAAGGAACUGUGAUAUGAUUUGAUUUCUGAUUUGUGUCACUGGGGAAUGGGUAAUCUAGUGCGGUGGAGCGUUUUAUGUUGCUUUCGGUAAUGAAUGUGAGAGUGAAGUAUCAUCUCAUUGGCGGCAACCUUCUAGUCAUUUUCUACUUUGGAUGUCAAUUUUUAUUUUAUGAAUGAUAUCUUUUUUCUCUAUGGAAUAACAAUUAACAAGUAAA